CGAGGAGGGACUCAAGAAUGUGAAGAAUUUGUUUCCUGUUCAGGAAACACACAGACUCACACAGACCAGAGACCAGAGACCAGAGACCAGAGACCAGAGACCAGAGACCAGACCAGGGACUAGAGACCAGACCAGACCAGAGACCAGAGACCAUGGACCAGGGACUAGAGACCGGACCAAAGACCAGAGACCAGACAAGGGACUAGAGACCAGACCGGACCAGAUACCAGAGACCAGAGACCAGAGACCAGAUACCAGAGACCAGAGACCAGAGACCAAGGACUAGAGACUAGAGACCAGGGACUAGAGACCGGACCAAAGACAAGACCGGACCAGAUACCAGAGACCAGAGACGGGGUCUGAGGAGGUCUCUGUGUUUAUGGUUCAUCCUGGUUAUACAGUAUUUUCACAGUAUUUUAGUCGUACUUUUGCAGUAUUUUUCACAAUACCUUUGCAGUACUUUUGCAGUAUUUUUGCAGUACUUUUGCAGUACUUUUGUAAUAUUUUUGCAGUACUUUUGCAGUAUUUUUUGCAGUACUUUUGCAGUACUUUUGUAAUAUUUUUGCAGUACUUUUGCAGUAUUUUUUGCAGUUGUGCUGAGUUGAGUUUUGUGUCGUUCUCAUGGAGUUAUGGCAGAACCGCUGCUGAAGAGAACUCUGUCAAGAUUCAGAAACAAAAGCGGACCAAGACCCCAAGUCGUUACUCCUGGCGCCCCUGCCCCUGCCCCCGCCCCUACACACGCCCCUGCCGCUGCACCUGCCCACAGCUCCCGCCCUGCACCUGGACAUGAGGCAGGUGCAGGUCUGAGCCGGACUCCGAGCUCUUCCUCUGGCCCCAGUCCCGGUCGUGGUCUAAGUCCUGGUCCGGGUCCCGCCCCUGUCCGGUCCCCGCGGCGCCUGUCGUACCUGCAGAGUCUCGACAGGAGCAGCAGGGCCUGGGUCCUGUCAGACCACGCCCACGCCCCGCCCCCUGAGCCGCGGGGGGAGGGGCUAAUCUGGUACAACCCAAUCCCAGAGGAUGAGGAGGGGCCAGAGGGCAGGGGGCGGGGCCAGGGGGGGCAGGGGCCAGGGGCAGGGGGGCGGGGCCAGAGGGCAGGGGGGCGGGGGCAGGGGGCAGGGGGGGGGGGCAGGGGCAGGGGGGCGGGGAGGGUCAGGGGGGCGGGACAGGGGGUAGGGGGGCGGGGACAGGGGGCAGGGGCGGGGGCUAGGGGGCAGGGGGGGGGGACAGAGGAGCAGACGCAGGUCGUGAACACAGAGGACAAACCUGAAGCCAAAGUGACACCAGAGCACUCAGGAGGCGUGUCCGAGCGCGUGAUUGACAGGCUUCGUUCUCCGGCGCUGAAGCUUCGUCGUAAACUCAGCCUGAAGUCUCGCCGCGAUCGUCACGGCAACAGCAGCCAGGACACGCCCCCCACCGCCCAGGACACGCCUCCUCAGGACAGCUCCUCCCCCUCCAGGAAGCGUCCAAUCAGACGUCAGCACAGCGGCCGCAGAGGUCGCCAUAGUGACGAUGAGGAGCUGUCGCCGCGGCAACAGGUGACAUCACAGCAGAGGGAGGAGCCAAGUCCCCAUAGCCCCGCCCACAGCCUGACAGGUGUCCUCACAGUGCACCUGUCGAGACUGGACCUGCCCACACAUAGGUCGGGCGUGUCCAGGUGCGUUUCUGUGGUGAUACAGGUGGAUGAUGUCAUCAGGGCCCGCACCGCCGGCAUGACGAUGACAGGCCCCGCCCUCCGGCUCGACCACGCCUUCCACCUGCAGCUGGAGCGCGCUCAGAAGCUCCGAGUCCUGCUCCUGACCCGAGUGAGUCCAGAUCCGCAGGUGAAGUCCGUCUCCAGGACCAGACUCUGUGCAGCAGGAGGAACAAGUUUAACCUCAAUGUUCACAGGUUCUCAGACUCAGGAUGUGGUUCUGACUCUGGAGCCGAGAGGAACUCUGCUCCUGCGACUGACGCUGCAGGCAGGUGAGGACGCAGGGGGCGGGGCUCAGGUGUUUGGGGCGGAGCUUACAGACCUGGUCCAAAGAGAGUCCUCAGAAAAACCCAUCCCUCUGAUCCUCCAGAAGACUGUGUCCGAGAUCAACCGCAGAGGACUCAAGGUCCAGGGCGUGUACAGACUUUGUGGAUCGUCGUCUUUGAAGAAAUUCCUCAGAGACAGUUUUGAGUCGGACAGUUCGUCGGUGGAGCUGCAGGAGUGUCCGGACCUGCACGCCGUGACAGGAGUACUGAAGGAUUACCUGCGUGAGCUUCCGUCUCCGCUCAUCACUCCGUCUCUGUACGAAGCCGUGAAAGAGGUCAUGACCUCUGACCCCUGUGUGACCCCAGACCCCGUACAACUGCUGCAGUGUCUCCCCCCAGUGUCCAGGGCGACCCUGUCAUUCCUGUUGGAUCACUUGUCUCUCGUCUCCAGCUUCAGUUCGUUAAACAAAAUGUCGGCUCAGAAUCUCGCCGUGUGUUUCGGCGCCGUCCUCUUCGCCUCCGUUCAGACCGACCGAUGUGAGCGCGGCGCCGCGGAGACGAGACAAUCGGCGCCCGGUGUGGACUUCAAACAGCACAUCGAGGCGCUGCACUUCCUGCUCUCUCAUUGGCCAGCCCCGCCUCCUCAGGCCACACAGGAGGAAGAGGGCGGAGCCAGAGACAGUUCACCUGAGGCGGUGGGCGGGGCCUCUCCGGAGCCCAGGUGCAGGGCGCGGGACCUCACACACAGACAGGCGGGAGACUGGAGCCGUUACCAGCAGAGGGCGCCAGGUCCUGUGGAGGAGGAGGUCCUGGACCUGGAGGCUCCGUUUAAUUGUCGUCUGAGUCUGAAGGACUUCGAUCUGCUCAUCCAGGACUUCCACAGACAACUGAACCAGGUCUAGACCAGGACUAGACCAGGACUAACCUGGGUCUAGACCAGGACUGAACCAAGUCUAGACUAGAACUAGAUCAGGACUGAAUCGGGUCUAGAUCAGGACCAGCCGCGUGUUGGUCGAGUGUGGGUACCACAGCAGUGUUAUAAUAAAAUAAUAAUAAUAAUAAUAAUAAUAAUAAUAAUAAUAAUAAUAAUAAUAAUAAUAAUAAAAGUCGACUUGUCGUCAUGUUUGAGGCGGGUUUGUGUUUUGCACUUGUUUGAUUUUAUUUGUGUUUUAUGUUUUUCCUGAAGCUCUGGGUCCAAACCAAAGACUGAAACGUCUCUAAAAUAAUAAAGUUUUAUUUUCACUUUUUCA